AUGUUUUCUAAAGAAAAUAUCUUUGGAACUGUCUUUGCUUGCCAGGUUGUAACUGGGGUCCUAGGAAAUUCACUCAUUCUUUAUUUCUAUAUGUUAAAUUUUCUCCAUGGUCAUAGGAAAAAACCCAUAGAUUUUAUUCUUACCCAUUUGUCCCUUAUCAAUGUCUUAUUACUUGUUACUAAGGGAAUACCCCGAACAGUGACACUUUUAGGAAUAAGACAUUUCCUUGGUGAUAUUGCUUGUAAAACUAUCGUCUACUUGGAUAGAGUCUUUCGGAGCCUUUCCCUUUGUAGCACAAGCAUUUUGAGCAGCUACCAGGCUAUCACUCUCAGUUCAAACAGCCCUGUGUGUGCAGUACUCAAAGCAAAAGCCUCAAAACACAUCACUGCUUCCUUUAUCCUCUGUUGGAUGCUCAGUUUACUGACAGAAGGAGCUAUUCCCUUAUAUAAAAUUACACUCCAAAAUAGCUCAAGAUUUAGGAACAACUGGAACUUAGACUAUUGCAUUUUCAGUAUUUAUUCCAUGAACACCUUCAACACCAUGCUACUGAAGAUCCUUUAUGAUUCUGUGUGGUUUGGACUCACAACAUAUAGCAGUAUAUAUAUUAUAUUUCUCAUGCAAAAACAUCACAAAAAAGUUCUUCACAUUCGUAGCACCAACUUCUCCCCUAAAACCUGUCCUGAGAUCAAAGCCACCAAUACUGUUGUGAUACUUGUGAACAGUUUUAUCUGUUUUCAUUUAGUCAGUUCCAUUUUUUUUGCUCUUCAUAAAUCUCAAAUAUCUAGUUCUUGGAUGUUACAUGUCUCUGCCUUUAUGAGUGGAUGUUUUCCAACUUUCUGCCCCAUUGUGCUGAUGAGCAGUAUGAGUAGGUUCUCCACAACCUGUUUUUUUUUCCAAUUGCAGAACAAAACCUCCAUCUUCAAAGAUUGCAUCGUUGUGAAAGAAUUUGCUAGAUUUUCCCUCCUUGGCUUGAUUCCCAUUUUAAAGAUUUUAAUCAUAAGAACAAAGCCCCUUUGA